CUGUUUAUGAAGAUAAGAGAUACGUCGAUUGUUUGGACUGCUCAUUUUCAAGUUUAAUCGACUGGAGAGUAAUAAACGGUGAAACAAUGCCUGAAAAUGGAAAAUACGACGCAUCGCUCAACGAUCCCCUUCUGCAGUCGGUGGACAAGCUCGGCACAGGGUCCAAUUUUCUCUGGAUGAUAUUUAUUUUCACGUUGACACCGACGAUAUUCAACGGAAUGCAUUCCUUGUCCUACAUCUUUAUCGCCGACAUUCCGAAUCACUGGUGCUCGAUACCGGUUUUGACAGCGGCUAAUUGGACCGACCAACAAAUAAGAAAUAUAUCCUCGUCUGGUUCUUGUACCAUGUAUAAUUACGACUACGAGUAUUUUGCGCAUAUUGGAUUCCAGCAGGCUUUGGAGUACAAAAUUACGCAUACUAUUCCUAACUCGGUGGAGUGCGGGGCGAGAACCUUUGAGGAGAGCGCUGAUGGGACUUCUCUAGUUCAAGAUUGGGAUUUGGUUUGCGACAAGACCGCAGCUCGUUCGAGCACUCAUAUGGCUCUGUCGCUCGGAAAAUUAUUGGGCAGCGGUUUCUUUGGAUUUUUGGCAGACAAAUAUGGCCGAAAAACUAGUUACACCAUCGGUAUAAUAUUGUUGAUGACUUCUGGUCCGCUUGGUGCGGUCGUUCCAUGGUACUGGGGCUUCAUGGUCACCAGAUUAUUUAAUGGCGUCAGCCACGCAGCUAUACAGUAUUCUUCUUUCACCAUACUGACGGAGGUAGCAGAUGAGAAACAUAGACAGUGGAUGGCAAUCGCCUACAACAUCGGCUAUGCUUCAGGAAUAGUAAUUGUGCCUGGAAUAGCUUAUUUGUUGCACGAAUGGAGACACAUUCAACUAGCGAUAUCCCUACCAGCUCUGUUAUUGCUGAUACACAUGUGGUUUAUGCCAGAGUCUCCACGGUGGUUAAUAUCUCAGAAUCGACGAAGGGAAGCAAAGGUCAUAAUCGACAAAGCGUGCAAGGGAACUGCCAUUGAAGCGCCAUCGUCAACAGCUGCAUUCGUCGAUCGAGGUCAAGAAUUGAAGGUCUCGAAUCCUCGGAAGGUGAAAAAUGCGGUGAAUUCCGUUAAGGAAGAAUUACGUAAAAACAUCAAAGGAUUCAGAGUUCUGAUCGCUAAUGGCGAGUUGAGGAAGCGAAUUCUUAUUACGAAUUUUAGUUGGAUGGUCGCCUCACUUUGCUAUUAUGCUUUAGCUCUGAACCUGAAUAACUUCUCAGCAAAUCGAUACAUUUACGUGUUGAUGAUGGGUCUGACAGAAAUACCAGCUUAUUUAAUACCAACACCGAUUUUAAUGGUAAUUGGACGACGAACUGGAAGUUCAACGUUAUACAUCAUAGCAUCCUUCUGUUUGUUAUGUAUUCUCACGAUACCGACGACGGACGCCGACACGAUUAUGGUCAUCUCUUUGAUCGGAAGAUUCAGCGCGACAGCUGGUUAUGGCAUCGCCAUCUUGCAUAGCUCCGAACUUUUUCCUACGGUUUGCAGGAACUCGGCCGUAGGAACGAAUUCCGCGAUGUCCCAUGUCGGAAGCGUGGCUUCACCUUACGUGGCUGAUUUAUUGGGCGCUGUGGCGUGGUGGGGCCCGACCACUCUUUGCGGUGGUUUAGCAUUGUUGGCAGGAUUGUUUUGUGCGACAUUGCCGGAAACACGUGGCAGACCGUUGGCUAAUACGCUCGACGAGGAAGUCGCGGAAGGACGAGACAAUGUGUCGCUGACCAACUGCUGGAAAUUUAGAUGAGAUGAUGUCCAUUCUCGACAGCGUUCUCCAAUAUGAUACCAUAUUUUUCUACCCUUUUUACAGAAACAAUUCAUACUGGAUAUCAUAAUUACAUGUAUACACGCAUUAUUUUAUCGUAUAGUAUAAGUUGAAUAGAGGUUAAGUUAUAGAUAGUCGAAAUGAUCUCCAUCGAUUUCAAAUAACAUUUUUGCUACCAUUUUGAUUUUUAACGUUAUCGUGUCAUUAGUAUAAUUGGUCCAUAAUUUUAUGUAACUACAUUUGUAUAAUGGGUCCACAUUUUUAUGUGUUUACAUAAGUACAAUGUGUUCACAUUUUUGUGUGUCUACUCUUUGUUGAGACACACUGCUUUAAGAAUGUUGUUAUAUUUAACAAUCACUGCCAAAUUUUUUGAAACGAGAAAUGAGGUCAGCUCAAAUGUGCUUUCCACGUGUUUCACUAAUAUUGUACAUAGUUAUCGUCAAAGAAUGUGGUCCCGCUGUUAAUGUAACACGUUAUGCGUUAUAAUAUGAAUGUGGGUCACCUUCUAAAUUUGGUAACUAAGUGUUAAUUGGACGACAAGUUACGAAGUUUUUUAUGGUAAUUUUAUUAGGACGAAAAGAAUGAAAUAAAUUCGUACUGAUUUAUAAUACUGAGUUGUCUCCAUCAUUUAAGACCGUAUCCUCUUUUUUAUAUCUGAUAUUUGUAUCAAUAUUUGUA